GUUCUCCGUUAUGUUACCCUUGCAUAGACAAUUCAGGGGCGGGCUGUCUUUAACAGUUAUUCUGCUGAUCGCGAAUAUCGUAUUGACGAGCCAGAGGCAAUUGGGCGCAUUGGCAGCUAGUAACGGCGGCGCCGCCGUCAGUGGGACGGCGCGCACUGCUGCGGGCAAUGGGAAUUUGAAUUUGCGUCUGGCGCUGCCGCGCACCAGCGCCAGCCAAAUAAAUAGCGCCUCUAACGCUGCUGCAAGCUUUAAGCUUGCUGCAAAAACAUUAAACUCAACGCGUAAUGGAAACUUGCGAACGAGAGAACAACAAUUGCUGAGCAUAUUUGAAAUAAUUAUAACAACGCUCGAGGGGAAAUUGAAACGAAUCGAUAAUCUGGGCAGAUCAGUUGAGGAUCUAAUGGGGCAUAUAGAACUAUUGGAAAAUCGUGUUACGAAUAAUGUGGAGAAGACAGAGGAGGCGCUAUCCAAACUUAGUAGUCUGGAUUCCAAACUGUCAAAUGUCGUUUACAUUCUGCCCGAAAUGACAGCGAACGCAGAGAGCGAAUUGAAUAAGCCGAAUCCGAAAAUUUCAGCCACCUACCAAAUCGACAGUAGGCUAGUAAAAUUGGAUCAGAAAGUCAGUGAUAUUGACUUGAAGCUGGAGGUGCUGAAAACGCAAAUCGAUAGCAACUUCUUGCAGGUCGAUGAGUUCAAUGCUGAGGCAAGUGAGAAGAAGCCCAUUACCAUGAAUGUUGUCGAGAUUACAAAAGCAAUGACUGCCGAGGUAAUGACGCAUGUCUCGAGUGAAGUCAAUCAGCUGCGCGACUCCACAGAUAACAUUGACAAGAAGUUGCAAUUUCACAUCAAUAUCGAAUCUGAGAAUAUAGGCCGCAUGCUGCGCAUGAUGAAUGACAUUCACGAUGCUGUCGUGGAUCAUCAUGAACAGAUGAAUGGAUUCAAUGUCACCACAACUGCUUUUCCAGCCAUCAAAUCCAGUAAGAUCGACGCUCUGGUUAAGCAAAUGCGACCUAUGGUAUCGGUAUCCGAGAAAAUGGACGAAGUAUGGGAUGUUGUGGUGGGUACAAAGUCUUCGGUUGAUCACCUAUUGCCUAAAUCGGAUGCGCUACUAACACAGACUCAGCGGCAGGAACGUGCGAUUGGCGAAAUCCACCAGGAUCUGAAAACCAAAACGAAUUUAAUAAUCAAUAACUUAGAUAUGGUUGAGAAGCGACUGAAGAAGCAAGAGGAUGAUGUCCAAAUACUAGCACAGCGACCAGUUGCGAGUGAACUCCUUGUUGAUCCAACCAUUGAUCGAUUGGUCGAGUAUGAUCCAAGCAGGUUUUCGGUGAUUGAUGAAAGCCUGACCGACUUAAAUGAGCCAGCCACAACGCCCACGACGACGCAGUCUACCACGAUAUAUAAUAGUACUACGACCGCGCCAUACUCCACAAUGAGCACACCAACGGGUGCUAUGCCAACCAACGGUCAUUCGACCGCAUCGAGCAAUAAUAUUAGCAGUACAACUGCAAAUGGAACAUCGACCACAUCGGCUACAAGUGCUACGUGGAGUGCGACACCUACGAAAUCGGUGUUUCGCAAGGGAGGCAUUAUCUUCCCUAGUGUAAAGAACAAACCAGCUGUCGUCAAUAACACCCUGGCCAGUGAUAUAUUUACUCUAAAGGAUGUCAAGGGUUUCUCUUGUGUAGAUAUCUUAAAUGCUGGCAUGAAACAAUCUGGAGUAUUUUAUCUACAAAUUCGCGGAACAACAUAUUGGUUCUUAAAGGUGUAUUGUGAGCAGGGUAUUUCAGAUGGCGGUUGGACGGUCAUACAACGGCGUGAUGAUUUUGGAGAACCGCGAGAAAACUUCAAUCGUGACUGGGCGGAUUACAAAAAUGGAUUUGGCGAACCUGCUAAGGAAUUUUGGUUAGGCAACGAAAAUAUUUAUAUGCUAACAAAUAACGAAGACUACGCAUUGCGGGUAGAAUUGGAAGAUUUUGAAGGUAACAAGCGAUAUGCUCAGUAUUCGCACUUUAAAAUACACUCUGAAGCGGACUAUUACAAGCUAGAAAUCGAUGGAUACGAAGGAAAUGCUGGCGAUUCAUUAAACGACCCAUGGUAUGGAUCGAACAACAGUCCAUUCUCAACGUACAACAAAGACAAUGAUCGAAGCUCGCUCAACUGUGCAAGCAUGCUAAAGGGCGGCUGGUGGUGGAAGUCAUGCGGACGUGGCUUAAAUGGACUCUAUCUACAUGACCCACAAGAUUUAACCGCUCGACAGGGCAUUGUAUGGUUCCGCUGGCGGGGCUGGGACUAUACUUUAAAGAAGGCCACUAUGAUGAUUCGUCCUCGGAUGCCCCAGCCACAGACUAUUACCCUAGGCCCAGUGACUGCGUCUUAGAGUUUCUUUAAUUAUUUUAAAUGUAACGUGAAACGUUUUCUACUGAGAGACAAGAAUUUCUGUUAGGUUAUGAAUGUACGUCCAUAUAAUAGCAAAUCAUGCGUUAUAGCCAAUUUUAAAUGAAAGAAUUCUGUAAUUUUAACUUGUUACCCUUAAAAAUAAUAACUUAUUUUUAUUAAU